UUGCUAUAGUAUAGCGAAAACGAACUACACACACACACAAUUAUUUGACGAUACAACAACAAAUUGAACCAAGUUGAUCAACUCGAUGCUCGAAAAUGAUCUUUUUUACAUCAGUUUCUAUUUUUGCAGUGACGUUAUUAUGUUUCAACACAUGUAUACUUCCAGUUUAUGCAGAAUCACGGGGUGCCUUCCUACAUCCUGUGUGUCCUGUGAAGAAAAUUGGUGAUAACAUAGAAUUUAUAUGUAGGUCACCCCCUUACUAUACUGGUAUUUUGUUCCAAUCGUUGAAGUUUGAACUAGAACAUGAUGGCACUAUCAUUUCGGAUAAUACAGACUCUCAUUCUGUGAUAGGCAAUUAUAGCACUCGAACAUUUUCAAAGGCAAUUGCUUCAAAGCAAGAUGCUGGGAACUAUACCUGUAUUAUUACACCUUCUGACAAUGGGAAAGUUGUCAGAGUGAUGACGGAACUCUUAGUUUUGGAAGGCAAUGAGAAGACACAGCUUGGGGAGUUAGGAGAAGAAACACAAAUGUCUUGUUUGAGUUCCAGAGAUGAGCUGAAUGUUCCAAUAGUUACAGUGGUGAAUGUUGAUGGAGAAAAUGUAAACGGCUCUGUUAUUUCUGAAACAGUGAAAGAAGAUGCAUUUAAAACGUACAUCUGCCUCGUAACCACAAAAAAAGCUAUGGACAGUUACCGAAGUAUAAAAAAUGCAGUAGAAAACGGUGCUGUAGCUGAAAUUAACAUGACUCUUUCAGUGGUAGAGGUAAUAGAUUGUGAAGACAGGACAUCUUGUGUCUUAGAAGCCAGGGUUUAUGGCGAGACUCCUGUUAACAUAUCCUGGCUGGUCGAUGGGAAGUGGCAUAGCCCAGAACUGGAGGUGGAGAAAAAUGUGACAAAAUCGAAGACUUCGUUGUUAAAUCUAACAACUACAACUCCAAUAGAGGUGCGUGUCAGUGCUGGGCAUGAUAAUAUAUGGAGGAAAAAUCUUACUUGGUCUCAAGACUCCACAACUGUCAAGCCUGGUGAUACAUCAUCAAAUGAUGAUGCUUUAAUUGGAGGUUUGAUUGGAGGUAUUAUUGCAGUCAUUGUUGGUUUCGUUGUAUUGGCAGUCUACUGUUUCAAGAAAAGAAGAAAUGGACAUCCAGAAGGAAAUGGUGGACCAGAAGCACAACAUUUGAAUACCACAGUGGCAAUGGAGAUGGGACAUCGACAUGAUCAGAAUGACAUAGAAGAACCUGCACAAAUGGCAGAUCAGAAUGGCGAGGUGCAUGCAGACCCUGAUGCCUGAGUCCUUUGUUGAUGUUGUGUUACUUUGGUACAUUGAAGUAUGAUUUGUUGCAGUGUAAAACUGCAUCUUGCAGUUUCAAGUUAAAGUGUAACACAGUUGUGAUUUAUUAGAUAUUCAUUUAUAUUGUACAAGUGCAGGGUUUGUGCCAGGUCCAGACCUAUAGAUGCCACUAUGCAGAUACCCAGCUAGAUGACUGCAUCAAUUGGAUUACAGCAAGGAGCAUUUAUUUUAUGCUAACUGUUGAAAUACUGAAAAAUAUCGGUAUUUCUCUAUAUCACUCAAAGUGCCGAAUUUCCAUUUUUUCUAGAUAAGAUUAUCUCCCUUGCAAUAGAUUUUAAUUACGUCCCUUUGUUGCUUUUAGAAGUACUAGUACUCUAUGAUUAUCUCAAUGCUCAAGCCAUACAAGAGUCAUAUACAGCUAGACAAUACUAUAUAGAACAAGCUAGCUGUAAUACAGUUUGUAAAAGAAAUAAUAGUAAUGUCUAGAAAUGUUACCUUGGUUGCUUGACCAUGCCAUUCAUGUAGCUAUAGAAAAUGUGUGCUUCCUCCACUUUUCAUUGUUUCAGUAUUGUAGUGUAGAUUUAAGUGGUGACAACACAUUUUGUUGGUUGUUGUCUUAGUUAAUAAUCACAAGACAUCAACUCAACCUUAUGUAAUAUUCCAGCAUUUUCGUUGAAGUACUUUCCAUGUAAAAUGUGUUUCAACUUCCAUCCCUAUUUGUUAUGCUGUAAAGCUCCUAGAUCAAUAUUUCCUAUUUCUGUUGAAUCUGUGAUCAUAUUUUAUUCUACAGAUUGAUUUAUCAAGGACUUUCUGACAUUCCUCAGUUGUUUUAUGUUAUUCAACAAGCAAACAGCAUUGACACAAAAUGUGUUAAGAUAGGCUUACUUAACUAUUGUUAUUUGCCACUGUCUGUUAUUUAUGGAAUGUGUAUUUUGUUUACUAAGUAUUUAAAUGCAGAUUUCACCAAUAUUCGAUGUCACUGUGCCUAAGUGUCCAUGGUAAUUUAGCGGAUGCAUCAUGUAACACAGUAGCCUAAAUAAAUCAAAAUUUCGUCAUGAAGUAUUAGUCUUAUUUGAACAUGUAAGCAUGUAAUAAACAUAAAAUUUGUCAAUCUUCACAUAUAAGCAUAAAAUAAAAAGAAAAUUGUUAGUUUUCAGUGAGAUAUUGAAAUAUAUCUUCACCAAUAAGGGACAUAAUUCUGAUAUUUUCACUCAGGCACAGCUUUCGAGAAAAUAUUCAAUUGUCUCCCUUAUCAAUGAAGAUAUAUUUCAAUAUCACACUGCAAACAAACAGAUAUCCUCUAUAUAUUAUGCAGUGAUGAUUUCUUAAAAUGCAUUAUUUAUAUUUCAUAUGGAGUUGUUCUUCAAGUCCAAUCUAUGCAUGUAUAAUCUAAGGACCAUGACAACCUACCAUUUGGGACCAUACAUGUGCAAGGAAUUAAACUGUUCAAUUAUAUUUGGUCUAAAUUUUACAAUAAAACACAUAUUAGAAUAGAAAUAAUUUAAAGCAAAACCGUGUUUGAACACUAUUUAUACACACCAGCAGUUAUAAUUAUGCUGCGCUCUCGUGAAAUUAUUAUGCUUGAUGUCAUAAUAACUGACCAUUUAGUAUAAAUAGUGUUAAAACAUGGUUUUGCUCUAAAUUAUUUCAUAAUUUAAGAUGGACUAACUUUGUGCAUUAGGUAUAGAAUCUACAUACAUUUUUGUAUUUAUUGAAAAUAUUCAUCAACUGGCAGCUUUCAAUUUAUUUCAAAACAUCAGGUUAUUUCAUUGUUCAUAAAGCCAUUUUGGCCUACAUGCAGAUCUGGUAAUUAUUUGUUGCAAAAUCUUGUAGAGAAAAGCAAUAUAUUUUGUAUGAUAUUCAUUUGAGAAUGAACAAAGUUUUUUUUUCCAUUGUUUCUUUGUAAAACGAUAAAAAAUGUAUGUUACUUAUAUCAGGGUUCGCACAGAUCUUGGAAACCUCUUGAAAAUGACUAAACCCCUAUAAAAACUGAAAAAGUACUUGAAUUUUUAAAAACAUUUCUUGAAUUUUACCCAAAACAUCUUGAAAAUGUUCAGUCAUUAGGUGACUUUGUGGAAAGAAUUUAAAGCCCGCCCGCUUAGCUCAGUAGGUAAGAGCGUUGGUCUACGGAUCGCGGGGUCGCGAGUUCGAUCCUCGGGCGGUGCGUAUGUUCUCCGUGACUAUUUGAUAAACGACAUUGUGUCUGAAAUCAUAAGUCCUCCACCUCUGAUUCAUGUGGUGAAGUUGGCAGUUACUUGCGGAGAACAGGUUUGUACUGGUACAGAAUCCAGGAACACUGGUUAAGUUAACUGCCCGCCGUUAUAUGACUGAAAUACUGUUGAAAAACGGCGUUAAACCUAAAACAAAGAAACAAAGGAAAGAAUUUAUUUGAAAUAAAAGAAAUACAAAAGAAUGAAUACAAUUUGAAAGAAAACAUGGUAUUUGGUCACAUUCCAGUGCUAUUACAGCAUUUUAUUGCAGUUUACAGAGAAUACAAUUUCUACUCUUAACACUUUUUUUCCAAAAUAGUUGAUGAAAGUUGUUCCGACCAAGAUUCCGUUGUGAGAAAUAUAGCCCACAGACGAAUUAAAAAUGUACUUACCGGUAAAAAUCCUUCAAAAGUACAUGAAUUUUUAUUCUCUGUGUGAACAAUUUUCAUAUAAAAAGUUCAUUUUCAAGGAACACAUGCAGUCAUUGUUUGUUGAAGAUAUUUAAUUUUCAACAGAUUUAUUCCGACUGCUGUUUUAUUACAAAAGAAUCUGUUUUGAUACUACUCAAUUAUAUGCUUUAUGUUUGUUGUGAUUAGUUUCCUGGUGUUGUUAUGUUUAUAUAUUGACCAUUGCAUAAGUGAAUGUAUACUGCAUGCUACUGUGAUUAUUUUUUUAAGUAAUUUUAAAUGUUUGUAUAAAAUACAUGUACAUCUGUUUAAUGUUUGACUGCUUGAUGCAUUUUGUGAUUUUUUUUUACAGUUCUACUGUUUCAUUAUUAUACACAGAUUUAUGCUUUUUGCUGAUAAAUUAUUUGUCAGACUUUUUACUUUGCAUUUUAAGAAAAUCAUAUUGCCGACCUUUUGUGGCAUUUUAAUGAACUGUUUACAUAUCAAAUUAUUUCCACAUUUUAUCAUCCAUCCGUGCUAGAAAGAAUUUCAUUACAUGUUUUAUAUAGGAUUGGAUCUGAGACACUCUUCAAUAUUUAGAGUGUACAAAUUUUUUACUAUUCUAUUUUUAUAGUUAAAACUAUGAAUUUUUUCUUCCGUUUUUCUUCAACAAUAUUCUUGUGCCUAUAAUAUAUUAAAUUUUUCUUUGUAGUUCUUUCCAUUAUUUCAAACACAGUCACACAUUUAAUGAUAAGAAGUCACAUUGUGGGCAGAGUGCCAUCAUGACAAUUUGACAUAAAAAUCUGAUGUUGUUCACAACUUACUCGAAAAAAAAAAAAGAUUUCUCUAUAUUCAGUUAACCUUCAGGAUGUUGGAAUCAACAAUAAAAUGGUUUACCUUUUAAGUUCAGUCAGUAGGAGGAUUUAUCAACCUCGGGCUACAUGCUCUGUGGAUAUCACUUCACAGGUUAAUGGCAGCAUUCGCUGAGUUAUCUUCCCACAUGAUUUGAUAGGUGUCGCUACGGGCGAAUAGGUCCUAUCAUGCGUAUACUCUCGGCUUUUAUCAUAGUUAAACUCUUUUUCUUAACCUUUCAUGCAUUUGACAGCUGAAUAAAAAAG